AAAAUUUGUUCUCAUAAAGUAUAGCCCUAUUCAAUAUGUGAAUUUUGUUUUCCUAACUUAAGUUGGUCCAUUUUCCCCAAAAAAAAGUACCAGGUCCUUCAAUUGCUGUAUUCCCUUCGUUCUUUGGUUCGGUACCACUGUUCCCAAUCCCAGGAUGGGAGAUGGAGCAAGCGAAGGGCAUCAAAGGUCGUUAGCAGCUCCUCUGAUAUUUUUCGUUGUUAUCGCUUUUCAAUUUGCUUCCCAUUGGAUUGAUCAAUUCAAGAAGAGUGGAGAUAAUGGAAAAGAAAUUCAGUUGCGUGGAGAAAUAAAACAACUUUUGAAGGAGGCAAACUCACUGUCACAGCCAUCAACCUACGCACAAGCAGCAAAACUUAAAAGACAAGCAGCUGCGAAGGAGAGGGAACUUGCAAAAUGUCACAAUUUACAUGAUAAGGAUACAGCUUUGUAUUCAAACGUUCUGCUCGUCUCAAAGGUUUUAACAUAUUUAAUUCUGCUCAUCUGGUUUUGGAGUGCUCCUGUGGCUAGCAUAUCUCAACAACUUGUGCAACCAUUCGGGAGAUUAUUAUCUUGGAGGACUGGAGGGGUUCAAAAUAACAAUAUUAUGGUUGGAAUAAUACCUUGGCUAGUAGUUUGUUCCAGGGUUAGCAGAUUUAUUUGUAGACUCACCUAUGGCAAAUAGAUUGUCAAGAUGAUCUUCUAGAAUGACAAACUUGCAAGCUGCUUCGACUGGAUUCCUGGAUUUACAAUUGAAAGAACAAGAUGUUACUAGGUUUGUACACAUUGGAAUUUGUUCUCCCCCCCUCUACAGUUGAUCAGUUUUAGGUGUUGUAUUUUUUUUUUCUGCCAUUUGUUGUCGAGGCGACAUGUAAAAUUCAUUCUGCAUAGGCAAGCAAAUUUUUCAUAUGCUUCUAAUAUGAUAUGCAUUUCCUCAGCAUUUUUUAA